AUGGCAGAGCUCUGUGUCCGCUCCAUUCUGGUGACUGGGGCCAACCGAGGCAUCGGCCUGGGCUUUGUCCAGCAUUUCCUGAGGAUGCCAAAACCACCACAGUGGAUUUUUGCCACCUGUCGGGACCCCAAGGGACAGCGAGCACAGGAGUUACAGAAUUUGGCCUCCAAGCACCCCAACAUCAUCAUCAUCCCGCUCGAAGUCACCGACCCUGCCAGCAUCAAGGCGGCUGCAGCCAAGGUUGGGGAGCACCUGGGGGAUUCUGGGCUGAACCUCCUCAUCAACAAUGCUGGAAUGGCCAAGCCAAACUCCCUUGCUAAUGAGACGCUGGAGAGUAUGACCCAGGUUUACACCACUAACACAAUUGGGCCCCUGCUGAUGGGCCAGGCAUUCCUGCCCUUGCUGAAGAAAGCUGCCCAGGGGUGCCCAGGCUCAGGGCUGAGCUGCAGCAAGGCUGCCAUCAUCAACAUGUCCAGCUAUGCAGGCUCCAUUGAGGAUAUGUAUGUAUGGGAUUUUGGACAAGUUGUCUCGUACCGCUGCAGCAAGGCUGCUCUGAACAUGCUGAGCAAGUGCCAGUCCCUGGCGUACAAGGAGCACGGCAUCCUCUGUGUCGCUCUCCACCCCGGCUGGGUGCAAACAGACAUGGGGGGUGCAGGAUCAUUUAAGCCUCCCCUGACAGUGGAUGACAGUGUGCAAGGGAUGCUGAAGGUGCUGUCCUCCAUCUCUGAGAAGGAAACUGGGACCUUCCUGGACUGGGAAGGGAAGGUCAUACCCUGGUGA